AUGUUCGCUUUGCUGAGCAGGUGGUGUCAAGAUCGAAGGGCUGCUGCUGAUCAUGCGAAACACAGUGACCAUCGAGUAUUUCAGGCGGCACAAGGACUUCAUCCCGUCCAAGACGAGACAGUGGUUCAUAAAAGUUCUGGAAUUUUACCAAGGCUCGCGAAACACGUCGCAACUGUUCUCACCCAUGGCCUUGUGAUAACACAUCGUUCAAUCACGCCCUCCACCGCAGGAAUGGAGGUAGCCGAUGGCGACAAGGACGCCUGCGCGGCAACAGUUCUCAGCGUCUUCCCAGACAUUUGUCUCCAAUAUCUAGAGGAGACAGCCACCAAGGUCAAUCACGACCCCAACCAAACCAUCGACAGCAUUUUGAGUUCCACUGAGAACGGUGCAAUUUAUCCCAAGGCAUCUCGCAAAAAGAGUCUGAAGCGAAAGCGGGGAGAGUCAGAGGACGAUGAAGAGAAGGCGAACCUCCUCAGACUCUAUGCCAGUCCAAACCGACUGAAGGAAUUCGACGGCCCCUACAUCAACAUAGCAAAGAUGAUUCUGAAGCACGAGUUCCCUCGCGUUCUCCAGAAGUGCCUUCUGAAGAUCUUCUCUGACAAGGAUAAUCAGUUGCUGCCAGCGUACCUCGUCAUAGAUGAAGCUGUAUGGAAUCUGCAAAAUGGUGUGAGAGAUGGCAUCCCUCUCGACUUUGCCCUCAAGAAGACCCCGACUCCACCUUUGGAUCGUUCUUUUGAAGGGGAGUACCUGGAUAACCUCAUCAAAACAUCGUCUGCUGAUCAGAAGAGAGCUUUCGAAGAACUUGUGGCCGCCCGUCGAGUGCAGAAGGCUACCCAUACCAAGCGGGCGAAGGCAAAACUCCAUGCUGCUAAAGAAGCUGAAAACUUUGAAAAUGCAAAGGCCUUCGGCACUGUUACGGACUGUGGAUGUUGUUUUGGCGAGUUCGCUGUGAACCGUAUGGUCUGCUGCGAGAAUGAAAUCCACGUCUUCUGUGUCGACUGUGCACGCCGUAACGCUGAAACAGCUGUUGGGCUCUCAAAAUAUGAGCUCCUAUGCAUGUCCACGGAUGGAUGCAGCGCUGGAUUCUCACGCAAAGAACGCCUCAAGUUUAUUGAUGAUCAGCUCUCUGCAGCUCUAGAUCGAAUUGAAUCCGAAGCUGUCCUCCGAAUGGCUGGCAUUGAGAACCUGGAGACCUGUCCCUUCUGCCCUUACGCUGCCGAAUAUCCAUCAGUCGAUAUCAACAAGGAGUUCAAGUGCGACAAUCCCGAGUGCCAACUAGUCAGCUGCCGGCUCUGCAGAGAAGAGACACAUCUACCCCGGACCUGUGAAGAAGCUGCUAGUGAUGGCACAGAAGGUGCUCGACGUCAGAUUGAAGAGGCCAUGUCAACUGCACUCAUCCGAAAAUGCAACAAAUGUGGGAUGGCUUUUGUCAAAGAAUCAGGGUGCAACAAAAUGACCUGUACCAAGCAAGGAUGUAGGAACAUCCAAUGCUACGUUUGCUCCAAGUCUUGCGAUUACGAUCACUUCGACGACAGGACAAGAGGUGGAAAGCAGGGCAACUGCCCUCUCUUUGAUGAUGUCAACGUGCGUCACAAUGAAGAAGUACAAAACGCCGAGGCGAAAGCCCGCCAAGAGAUUCUGGAGCGACACCCCUCGAUGAAGGCAAAGGAGGACCUCCUCAAGGUCACAUCGGCAGCAUCAACGGAUCAUCAGGAGAACCGCCCAAACAUGCAGCCUGUACCAGCUCAGCUAGACCCAAACCACCGAGAACUCCCUAUACCAGAUCCACCACCACUCGAGCCAGCCAACAUUGUUCGAUCCAGAAUAAUAGGUCCAUACGGUAACUUCCCAGUCGGUCCUAUAGCGGCCGGGCCUGUACAACCUCUGGUCCAAGGCGCUGCAAAUCCACCGCACCCAGCUGCUCAAUACAUCCAGCCGGCCAUUGUAGCUCCUGGAGGCGACCCCCUGUUGCAUCGAGGGAUUCCGUUCUGGGCUUUUCGACAGCAAAAUCACCGUGGAAUGCUAGAGCAGCGAAAUCGCCUAGUGAUGAGUAGACCUGACCCCGUUCCCGAAGUCGCGCAAAUUCCCAGAAACCGCCGCAUCGUCCAAAGGCAGGCACCGCCGGCGGCUCCGAGGCCUUCGCCUCAAGAACUGCCGAUUAUCUUGCCUCCGGCCCAGCCCAGCCCUAACCAACCUAUCUUGUUGGGCUUUGAAGAGCAAUGGGGUCCACUUUAUGGAGAGCCGAGGGAGUUGAAGAGGCAGACGUUUCGCAAUAAGGGUGUGCAGCGGCCUCCCGACAUCCACGCAAGACAGAACUUCCUUGAGAAGGCUAAGGAACAGCGAGCAAGUCAAUGGACAGGGGAACAGUCUCGCCAGCGCACUGCCCAACGGCAAGCGCCAGCCAUGCCGCAGCAGUAUGGGUACUUUGGAGGACGAAACAUUGGUCCCCGGAACGAUAAUGCAGGACAUGCGCAGGGCAUGCCUGGGCAGAAUACACCCGGGCAGCCUCAAGAGUUCGCCGCGGCCGCUGCCUAUGCGGCUCAAAUCCGGGCUCACCAAGCCAUGCAGUCUGCGCAAGACAACGACCUCGCAAAUUUUGUGGCCAGCAUGCAGAACUGGGCAACGCCCGCAAUUGAGAAAACAUCAAUGAUGCCGGUACCCAUGGGUGAAAGAAGCCAACCAGCUGCGAAUGCAAAUGCCAUGGCUCGGCAAGGCAGAGCAAGUGCCACACCUGGGAGAACCAUGGAUGGUCCUCUCAAGAUGGAGUGA